AUGACAGCUCUUCAGCUAUUGUUAUUAAUUUCAUUAUUUUGUUUAAAAGAUGCAAACUCUAAACUGGCUUCACUGCACCCCGUUUUGGUGGCCCGGUCAUCUCUAGAUUGGAUGCCGAGCAGAGUUAAUUCUCUUUAUUCCGAUGUCGGAGCUUGGAGCGGAAAAUUUAGACCUGUGAUGGAUGAAAUUGAAUCUGAUGAAGCAUUAAGAUUUUAUCAAUUUCUAAACUACUUGGACGGGUCCAGUUUUGGAACAGGCCCUAUUGAUGAAUUUGUGGAGGCUAUGGGUAGGUUAGCCAAUUAUAUGAAACAACAAAACAGCAGAGAAACACAGGCACGUGGUAUGCGAGAACUUGAAGCAAUUAAUGGCGAAAAAGGAAACAGUAUCAAAACAGUUUUGGAAGUUAGUACUUUAAUCAUGAGGAAAAAACGAAAGUUCUUUUGUACUGGUGAAGUAAAGGAGCCAAUCGUCAACAAUAAAAUUAUUUGUAAGGACAGAAUAUUACUACCUAUCGCAGGUGAUUCUUGUAGAGACGCUAUUAUGUACUGGCACCCAGAUUUAACAGAAGAACACUACUGUGUCGGUGCACUAGAAGCAAAAAGCGCCGUGCAUAUUAUGGAUAUCGAAGGUGAAAUAUUCUGUAAAGGAGAUGAUUAUUCAAAGCGAGAGUAUCUCUUAGCUUGUGAUUUUUAUGAAGACCAAGAGGCUCCUGUGGCUGAUUUACUUCAAUACUAUCCAGACCCUGAUCCAGAAAUCACGCCUAAAAUGUUCUAA